UCACUGAGAUAUUCGGACGUUCAUCUGUAUAUCUGUCACUCCGACACUGUCGCAGUCCGACGCGCUUGUUUGAGAAACCUGCGGUGACCCACCCUUGGCUUGCGGUGUCGCAUUUUUCUUCUCGGAGAUCGGUCUAGCCACAUCAUCACCAUGUCUUCCUUCACCAGCGGCGGUGGCCUGAACGACGCACCUAAGCCAAUCCCUGUCGACAACAAUCCCGAAGCACCAACGGCAAGAAAAGUUGGCCCAGAUAAGGUCGAGACGACCCGGCGCGCCCCUCGGCCUCGGCCUGACCCUGAUCGGGGUUGCUUUGUACGUAGACCCGAUCCUGACGAAAACAACCGUGAUGACUCUAGACGCGAGAGUACACCAGAACCAUUGACCGAUGGCAUCCUGAAGACCGUGAAUGUCAACUUGAACGCGGAGAGCAACAGAAAAGCGCACCACACUGACGAAUAUGAGGUGCCAAACCUGGUUGUGAGGAGAGGUCAGGCGUUCGAGAUCACCGUCACCUACGAUAGGGCGAUCAACGAUGCGACGGACGAGAUCAAGUUCAUCUUCCAAACAGGUGACCACCCAAAGGUCAGCAAGGAUACCGAGAGCCAUGUUACCCCUGGCAAGUCUGUCAAAAACUCCGAAUGGGGCGCCCAGCACGUGGGCGAUAGCGGAAAUGACGUUACAUACAAGUUGAUGACGCCAGCCAACGCCGUCGUGGACGAAUGGUCGAUGAUUGUGCAGACGAUCUUUGACCAUAAGAAUAGGAAGAUGAACCGUUACCGCUACAAAGUCAAGGAUACAUUUUAUGUCCUCUUCAACGCUUGGUGCAAAGAGGAUACAGUCUAUAUGGCCAACGAAGAAGAGAGACAAGAGUACGUGUUGCAGCAGAUUGGUAUGAUAUGGAGAGGCAGCGCCGGGGCUAACGGGCCCAUGAUGUGGAAUUAUAAACAGUUUGACGAUGUGUGCCUGGAUGGUUCCCUUUUUCUUCUCAAGAAGAGUGGUUUUUCCGUACAGGCAAGAUCUAAUUCGGCCCUCACCUGUAGGGCACUCGCUCAGAUGGCGAACAGUAACAACAACGACGGAGGUGUCUUGAGCGGUAACUGGUCCGGUAACUACAAUGGUGGUAUCUCCCCAUCCACCUGGCAGGGCUCGGGGAGCAUCAUGGAGCAGUACAUGAGGACCAAGUCGGACGUCAAGUGGGCGCAGUGCUGGGUCUUUUCUGGACUUCUCACAACGCUGUGUCGGGCUAUUGGCAUCCCAACCAGGAGUGUGACUAACUUUGAGUCCGCUCACGACACCGACUCUAGCAUGACCAUCGACACACAUUAUGACAGUGUUACUUUGAAAGCGUUGGGAGGUGCCAUGGACGACUCGGUAUGGAACUUCCACGUGUGGAACGAAUCUUACAUGAAGCGUCUUGAUCUUCCCGAUGGUUACGAUGGAUGGCAGGCGCAUGACUCCACACCGCAGGAAGCCAGCGAGAAUCUCAUGCGCUGCGGUCCAGCGUCUGUUAUCGCCAUCAAAAAUGGUGACAUCCAUAUCAACUACGACGGCAAGUUCGUCUUCGCUGAGGUAAAUGGUGACCGUGUGUCUUGGAUCGUGGAGCCAGAUGGUAACAUGAUUGCCGUCCAGUCUGAAAUUGACACGGUCGGGAAGGAGAUGAGUACCAAGGCUGUGGGAAGGAUGGCAAGGAAUGAUGUGACUCAUGAGUACAAGCAUGCCGAAGGGUCGGAGGCAGAGAGAGCUGCCGUUGACAAGGCGAUGAAAUACAGCUCCAGGAGAGAGUUCCUCAAGAUAGAUGAAUCUAAGAAUGACUGCGCCAUGACACUGGAUGUCAGAUCGGAGCAGAAUGCUGACAUUACUGCAAUGAUCCGAGUCACCAACAACAGCAACGAGGAGAGGAACGUCAAGUUGAACAUCCAGGCGGUGGCAUCGUAUUACACCGGAAUGACUGGAGAGGACCUUAAGACGGUCAACUCGAACCUCAUCAUUGCCGCCAAAGGAAACGACAGGUACGAAAUGAAGAUUCCAGCGGCCGAGUGGAUUAACACUGUAGACGCUGACGCGACAGUGAAGUUGUUUGUGACAGGAAAUGUGAGCGAGACAGGCCAGGUGAUGACUAAACAAAAGGCUGCUGCUCUUGACAAGCCGGAGCUGAAAGUCACGGCGACCCCGCAGUCCGUCACCGCUGGCGAGGAGUUUGAAGUGACUGCGUCGUUCACCAAUCCCCUGAAACUCCCCAUCAACAAGGGGAUGUUUACCAUGGAGGGACCGGGUUCACAGAGAUCAUUCGAUGUUGAAGCCAAGAAAUCCAUUGCACCAGGCGAGACGGUGACAGGAAAAGCAAAGUUCACCCCACGAUUUGCCGGAAAGAAAGAGGUCGUUGUUGGUUUCAACUCCCGCCAGCUGACCGGUAUCAGCGGGGCCACGUCGGUUGUCGUCAAGAAGAAGUAGACCUGCGACAGUAUGUCGUCGCUUUGAGGAAUACGACAAAAUGUCGGCGGUGAUAUAAACUGAUAUGUAGAUGAAUGCUUGUUUGAUGCAGGUUUUUCGCGGAAGGGCUUAUGGGCAUUGCGCUUGUGUUGUAAAAUAGACUUCUUUCCGAACAUAACAUUACUCUUGUGCCAUACGUUGUUUUACUCCGCCCUUUUGCAGUCAUAAUCAAAUGGACAAGUCAGUGUGUGUCAUGGAUGGACCAUGCUAACUGCACGUGUGCGAUGCACGUACUUUACUUUGUUGAACUUCUCAUUUACCUUGCUGCGACAUGCGCACAUUUGCGGUGCGAGCUAUACACUCCUAAAAUGUAUUACACUGGCAGUUUCUGUAUGCAAUCACACCCACUAGAUAUAUUCUAAGCGGCCUUAAAAGUUUAAGUCGGACUUUUCUUUGUAUACUUCUCGCGCACUUGGCAGCAAAUGAUACCUUCUAGCCGCCUUAGAAAUUUAAAUGUUCAUUGCAACACGAAAUGCAACAAACGCUUAGGUAUCCGUAGAUUGUGACUAUAGUUUAUACAUGUAGAGGAAAAGGUAUACUCAUUUUUAUCUAGUUAUCGAAUAAUAUUCAGGUUAAAGUGGUUUCAGGUGACAUUAUUUCUUAGUAGCAUACGUUAUUGUAGUAUAUACAGUGGCCUAUCUCCAUAUACGGUAAGCGUUUCACGUGGCAUGUAUGCACUCACAGGGCCCGUUGUCUGUAGGAGAAAUGCUGGGACAAAGCAAAGGCCUUGUGCGAUAUACGCCGAGUUAGAUAUGAGCCGAGCCGUUACGGGACAACAAUCCAAUCGUCCGUGUGAGAUAAAACCGUAGGUCAAAGGGGAAGAUAUUUCCAAUACGCCAUAGUAACAGCUUUAUAUCUUUCUUCGCUUAUUAGCCUAAACCUUCAUAAAUGUCAAAAGUUACAACCUGUAACAAAUACUAGGCUGAUUAAAAAAUAAAACUAUUUAUCCAAA